AUGAACACAUUAGAAUUUGGUUUCAAAGCUAAAACUUCAGCGAAGACUUGGCAUCUUGAUGAUGUCAGCGUUAUAGAUACAAAUGCAUCAAACUCUGAAAUGUUGAUAAAUGGCAACUUUGAGAAUGGUACCCUAAUCGGUUGGCAAGCGUUCUGUUCGAAUUUGAAUGGUGGCGGAACAGGUGGCACUAUUACUCAAUCAUCUUGUCAUAAUGGCUCAUAUUUUUAUGAUGGUGCGAGUGCUGUAGCCUAUGAUUUUUUACGUCAAUCAUUUUCAAUGGCAAUCAGACACGUUUACGUUUUGAGCUUUUGA